GAGGGAUGGACUGAGCAGGCAUCAGCUCUGCUCCUCCCGCCGCCGCGGCGGCCGCCGGCAGAGCAGUGCAUUGUGGAGGCUGAGCGCGCCGCGGCGGCGGGACCUGCGGCCCCGGGAUCGCGCGCCGUGGAGCUGUCCGAGGUGCUGACCGUCCCGACCCGCGGCCGGCGCACCUGCAGCGGACCCCAAGUCCUGGUCUGCCGCCCACCCUCCGUCUGUCCGUCCGUCUGCCUGUCUCUCCUUACCUUGGGGCGCAGCGGCUGGAGGAAAUCAUGGUGUUCGCUCCAGGUGAGAAACCUGGAAGUGAGCCUGAAGAGGCGAAGCUGCAGAUCGCCAGCAAACAGAUCGUGCAGAAUGCCAUCCUGCGGGCUGUGCAGCAGGUCUCCCGGGAGAGUCGGCAGAGGGAAGCCAGGGCUGGCGACACCCCCCGGGGCAGCUUCCGGUCGGGCGCGGGGGAAUUAACCCAGAAGCAUGAAAAGAAGUAACACGGUGGAUGGGGCUCUUGUCACACGCUUGGUUUCCAGCCUUUUAUUAGUAUAGGAUGUGUUGCCAAAAAUGUUGCCAGUAAGGCAGACCAAAGUGUCAUCGACACCUAGCAGUAGGAUGAAUUCACACUAGGCCUUGGCCGAGAAGCACUGUUCUGAAAAAGUGCAUUAGAUGAUUCUGUUUAUAUUAAGGCAGUGCCUCUGAAACGUAGUCGAGCCAAACAUGACACUGUCAUUGCAAAAGUAGUUUUGCAGCACAAUUCAUUUCUAAAGUUCUUUUUUUUAAAAAAAAAUGAUUCCCUCUUGUUAAUUUACUUUGGCCUUGUAUGCAUUCUGUCUGUGACCUUAACCAGCAGUUCUUUCUGCUGAAACACCGAGUGCUGUGCUGUGAUCUUUAAUAUUUAAACAAGACGUGCUGGAAAGGUAAAGGAAUGGUGUUACAGUCCUCCUCAAAUAUGGAAUUGAAGGCUUUACUAAAGUGGGUUCAGGUCCAAGAUCAUAUUAAGCAAAGGCAAAUUCUAAGUCCCUCAGGAUCUUCCCAAGGCAUGUAUUUAUAUAUAUGUUUUUUUUUAAAAAAGGAGGAACCCAGCUCUUCCAGAACUCAGUCUCAGUUCUCUCAAUUGUUUGAUAGUUAAUGUUUCCUCUCUGUGCAGAAAUCCUUGGGAAAUAUUAUGGAUUUCUUUUUCCAUUUCAAGAUGAAAAUAAGACAGGUGAAUCUAAAUGCAUGAGUCGCCAAUGUCGGCAGCCCCUUGAAGAGCAGCUGGAGUUGUAGAUUCCAUCCUGGAGAUAUCCUAGGGUCCGCUUAUGGGGUGCAGGGUCCUUGGAAGGAGCUCUGGGGACUUAUAAAUGCUGUGUUGCCAUCAGACUGUGCAUUUGCACUAGUACCUUGCUAAGAGGAACUUUUCUUUUCCCAUCCACAAAUUAGAUUUUUUUUUGAGAUUAUGGAAAUCAUACAUAUCAGGAAUGAAUGACACAUAUAAUGGGAAAAUCAUUUCCUCAACUGAAACAUGAAAAUCCAGUGGGAUCAACUAAGCGACCAUGCUGUGAAAGCAGGGAGCAUAUGUGUGUGAAUGAAUAAAGCCAUCUCUGUUGCAACAGAAUGACUUCCACUCCACUCCCAUGUGGGUACCGCACAGCUUUCUGUGUCCUUAGAGUCCCAUUUCCUGGGUUUCCCAACAGUUACUGAGUUGAUGCUACUGGGAACAUAUGAAGAAUUUGACCUUUGUUAGAAACUUUUGGGCUUCAGAGUAUCAAUGUCUACAUUUGAUAGUUUUUUAAAAAGCAAAAGUAUCAACAUGUGAAGUGUGACUGAUAUUAAGACAUACUUCUAAAAUUCCAAUAUGUUACACUUUCCAGAAUGGAUACUAUUGAGAAAUAAAUGAAAACAAUCUCUUAUCAGUUCUGUUAGACUGUCUCACACCAUGUACAGAUGGAAUAAAUUCACAGGGAGAAUGUCUGUGGGAGGGAGCAGAGGGGUUAACGUUUAAAUAUGGUUUAUUCAUAAUUUUCUUUAAGUAGUGCUCAUGACAAUUGAAGAAUGAGUUUAAGUUGACCUGAAGUCAUAUAAUGGAUGUGAUAUAAUUGUACAGCCUAGAUAAUAGGAAUGAAGGUAUUAAGGGAAAUUAUUCAGGUGUAUCCACAAAUAACAAAAUAAACCCAAUGCUUGUAGUUUGCAAGUGAUCUGGCACUCUGUUUACUGAGAUGUCUGGAUAUAACCAGCCUUGGAUUUUGCUGCCGUAUGUCAGAAACACAUAAACACGUUCUCUUUCCUCUCUGGUGUGUCUGUGCUACUACGUUGGGGAUCUUGGAGAAUAUCUGAUUAACCUCUGUAUCUAAAUGUUAUUUAUAAAUAAAAUAUAUCCAGCUUUGAAAUAC